AGAAAAAAUGGCUUUAAUAACUUCAACAAUAUGGGGAGACAUAGCAGCACUUUUGAUUACUGUGGGAUUUCUAAUUAUCCUAUAUUUCAAAUACGCUUUUACUUACUGGAAGAGAAAGAACGUCCCAUAUAUCGAACCAAAGUUUCCCUUGGGAAACCUUAAGUCGUAUGUGUUAAGAUCGUACGUUCCGGGUCCAGAUUCAGCCGAAUACUACAACGAGCUAAAGAGUAGGGGUCAUAAAUUCGGCGGAAUUUUCACGUUAUUUCGACCAGUGUUAGUUUUAACCGAUCCUGAUUACAUCAAGGACAUUUUGUCAAAGGAUUUUCAGCACUUUGUAGACAGGGGAGCAUAUCAUGUAGAUGAGGACGCCUUAACUAACAACCUAUUUAGUAUUGGCGACGAUAAAUGGAAAGGUCUAAGAUCUAAGCUUUCGCCGACGUUUACAUCUGGCAAAAUGAAGAUGAUGUUUAAUACUGUGUUGGAGUGCAGUAAUUAUAUGGUUGAUUUUAUGAAUGAGAAGGCUAGGAGCCAGCAGGAUAUUGAUAUUCUCGAGGUUCUGGCUUCUUUUACUGUAGAUGUAAUAGGAGCAUGCGCCUUUGGUUUGAAUUGCAACAGUUUCAAGGAUAAGGAUGCUGAAUUUCGUACUGUUGGUCAAUCGCUUUUUAAGGACCACGGUAUAAUACACGCCAUAAAACGCUUUUUAGUUGCAGCCGUACCUGAUAUGUCAAAAGCACUUAAAAUUAAACCCACAGUACCGAAAAUAAGCAACUUUUUCUUCGACGUGGUGAAAAAUACAUUAAAGUACAGAAAGGAAAAUAACAUUUCCAGGCCCGAUUUUCUACAAUUAGUUAUCAAUAUACACAAAGAAGAUCCCACGUUUACCCUGGAGGAUUUAGUUGCGCAAGUGUUCGUAUUUUUCCUAGCCGGUUUCGAUACGUCGUCAGCUGCAAUGAAUUUCACAUUAUAUGAACUAUCCAGAAAUCCCGAGAUACAAAAUAAAGUACGGGAAGAGAUUAAAGCAGUAUUGAAAAAGCAUAACAAUAACAUCACUUAUGAAUCUCUGCAUGAAUUGAAAUAUUUAGGACAAGUUUUAGAAGAAACUCUACGACUGUACCCUUCAGUAGUUACUCUUACAAGGAAGUGCACUAAGGACUACCAACUAAGAGAUACUGAUGUCAUUAUAGACAAAGGAACUAUAGUAUAUAUUUCACUGUACGGUCUUCAUAGAGAUCCUGAAUACUACCUGGAUCCUGAAAAGUAUGAUCCUGAUAGAUUUAGUCCAGAAAACCAAGGUAGCAGACAUCAGUUUGUUUAUUUGCCUUUUGGAGAUGGGCCCAGAAAUUGUAUAGGUUUAAGGUUUGGCGUUAUGCAAUCAAAAAUUGGACUUAUAAAAAUGUUGACCAAUUAUAAAUUCUCAAUAAGCCCAAAUGCAGAAUUACCCUUAUCGAUGGUUGGUGAUGUGAAUUUAUUAAGGAGCCAGGAGAAAUUGUUAUUAAGAGCAGAAAAAAUACCGUAAACUUGACUUUAAUGUAAUUGUCAUGUUAUUUAAUAGGUUUAUAUAAAUUUAGACAUUAAAUUUGCUAAAAGGCCGUUUGGGCUCAGCACUUUUGAACAUAAUGGCAUAAAUAACUAUUUUCUGAAUGUACGUUACCACAUAAAAAAGUAUUACUUACGUGACGUUUUAUUAAGUUUAAUACGCUGUGGUUGUGUUAGAAUUUCAUUAAAACAGGGACAACAAUGCAGAAGUAAAACUUAUACGUAGACUUAAUGUAAGAAGUAGGACACUUUAUGCACAGAUAAAUUGCUUACAACAUCAUCCUCCAUUCAGUUUCAGCUUUAUAAAGGAAAAUUAUUGCCACUCUGUUAGCAGUACAUAUUGCAGUUUCAUACUUUUAAACCG